AUGGAUGUCAUUGGUCCAAUCGAGCCAACAGCAUCAAACGGGCACAGAUUCAUUCUUGUCGCAAUUGACUAUUUCACCAAGUGUGUUAAGGCCACCUCCCAUAAAUCAAUGACAAAGAAAGUUGUGGAUGACUUUGUCAAAAACAACAUUAUUUCAUACAGGCCACAGAUGAAUGGGUCUGUCGAGGCGGCAAACAAAAACAUCAAAAGGAUAUUGCGCAAGAUGAUCGAUAUUCACAAACACUGGCAGGAAAAGCUACCUUUCGCAUUUCUGGGGUAUCGUACCACAAUCAGAACUUCCACAGGGGCCACACCUUACUUCUUAGUAUACAACACUGAAGCUGUGAUACCCGCCGAAGUUGAGAUACCUUCCCAAAGGAUCAUCCAAGAAGAAAAGUUGAGUCAUGCUGAUUUGAUACAAGGUCGGGCAGAGAAUUUGGCAUUAAUAGAUGAAAGAAGAAUUAAAGCCAUUUGUCAUGGUCAGCUCUCUCAGAAUAGAAUGGCCAGAGCUUUCAACAAGUAG